CGUGGGGCGGGAGAAAGAGUUAAGCUAGUCGUCGACCUCGCUCUUUUCGGUUCAGGCGGAGACUCGAGCGAGGCGCUGGGAGCGUGUGGUGCCUCUUUGGACUCGCUCAACAUCCGGACAACUCCGCCGCCAUUAUGGUGAAGCUCGCCAAGAACGUUAAAAAUCAAGUUAAGCCAAAGAAAAUGGCUGCCAUUCCUCCCAAGGAAGUGGAUGAUAGUGAAGAUGAGGAUUCCUCAGAAGAAGAAGAAAGCAGCGAGGAAGAGAUAAUUCCUCAGAAAAAAGUAAUUACCCCAGCAAAAGCAGCAUCACUUACUCCCAACAAAAAGGCAGCAACUCCUGGCAAGAAGACAGCAGCUACCCCAGCCAAAAAAGCAGUGGCUACCCCAGCCAAAAAGGCAGCUGCAACUCCAGCAAAAAAGACUCCAGUCCCGGCCAAAGGAACCAAAAAUGGGAAGAAUGCAAAAAAAGAAGAGAGUGAAGAGGAGGAGGACGAUGAGGAAGAGGAUGAUGAGGAAGAGGACGAUAGUGAUGAGGAUGAAGAUGAGUCUGAUGCCGAGCCUGCUGUCCCAGUGAAAAAACAGUCACAGCCCCCUGCGAAAAAGCCUGUAGCUACUGUGGUUGCUAUAUCAAGCAAGCAAGAGUCUGAGGAGGAGGAGGAAGAUGAGGAUGAAGAUGAUGAGGAAGAUGAAUCGGAGGAUGAGCCCAUGGACACCACCCCAGCAAAAGGAAAGAAAGCCGUGCUUGCCAAAGCAGCACAAGCAAAGGCAACACCAGCAAAAGUUGCUAAGGAAGAGUCUGAGGAAGACGACGAGGAGGAGGAUGACGAGGAGGAGGAGGACGAUGAUGAUGAGGAGGAGGACGAGGAGGAGGACGAGGAGGAGGAAGAAGUAGUGCAGGAGAAACCUGGAAAACGAAAGAAGGAAAUGACCAAGCAAAAAGGCACUCCAGAAGCUAAGAGAAAGAAAACAGAUGAAGCUGCCUUCUCCCUCUUCAUCGGCAACUUGAAUGCAAACAAGGACUUCGAAGAACUAAAGGCCGCCAUCAGAGAUUUCUUUGCCAAAAAAGACCUUCAAGUCCAAGAUGUCAGAAUUGGCAACUCAAAGAAGUUUGGCUAUGUGGAUUUCUCCACGGAAGCUGAGCUGGAUAAAGCGCUUAAGUUCAAUGGAAAGAAAUGUAUGGGCUUGGAAAUGAAGCUGGAAAAAGCAAAGAGUAAAGAGAGCAUCCAAGAGAACAAGAAAGAGAGAGACGCACGGACCAUCUUUGUGAGGAAUCUUGCUUACAGUGUAACCCAGGAAGAAUUAAAAGAAGUAUUUGACAAUGCUCGGGAGGUCAGGCUGGUGUCCAAGGAUGGGAACAGCAAAGGGUUUGCCUACAUUGAGUUUAAAUCUGAGGCAGACGCAGAGAAAGCACUGGAGGAGAAGCAGGGGAUGGAGAUUGAAGGCCGUGCCAUUGUCAUUGACUACACGGGUGAAAAGAGCCAGCAGGACAGUCGGAAAGCAGGUGAGUCAAAGACCCUUGUUGUGAACAACCUCUCAUAUGAUGCAACAGAAGAAUCUCUUCAGGAGGUCUUUGAGAAAGCUUCUUCAAUCAGGAUACCUCAGAACAACCAGGGGAGGCCUAAAGGUUUUGCAUUUGUAGAAUUUGCUACAACUGAGGACGCAAAGGAAGCCAUGAACUCCUGCAAUAACACAGAGAUUGAAGGCCGAACGAUCAGGUUAGAGUUCAGCAAUCAGGGAGGACCAAACAGAAGCUCCGGUGGUAGAGGAGGAUUUAGUCAACAAAGCAAAACACUGUUUGUCAAAGGCCUGUCUGAAGACACGACUGAAGAGACGCUGCGCGAGUCGUUUGACGGCUCCAUUGGCGCAAGAAUAGUCACUGACAGAGACACCGGCUCCUCUAAAGGAUUUGGCUUUGUGGACUUCAGCUCUGCAGAAGAUGCCAAGGCAGCAAAGGAAGCCAUGGAAGAUGGGGAGAUUGACGGAAACAAAGUGACCCUUGAUUUUGCCAAGCCCAAGGGCGACGGACAACGUGGCAGUGGCGGCUUUGGCCGUGGUGGCAGAGGCGGCCGCGGUGGCAGAGGAGGAUUCGGUGGCAGGGGUGGUGGCCGCGGAUUUGGAGGCAGAGGCGGUGGCUUCCGGGGAGGCAGAGGUGGUGGUGGUGACCAUAAGCCACAAGGAAAGAAGAUCAAGUUUGAUGACUGAGUAGUUUUCCUCCUGAUGGAAAGGACUCUGGGGUUUUUAAUUCUGUCACCACAAAAUGAGAGCCUUCUGAGGACAUUCCAAGAUGCGUUGCAGUCCCCCCUUUGAGAUACUUGGAAAAAUCCCUUUCGAUGAAGAAACAGCCGUUCGACUGCCUGGCCACACAUCUGAACUUUUUAAAAGCAACAAGAAAUGUGGGAGUUGACCCGUGUCAGUGCAUUGUCCUGAAUUUAUAACAUUUUAUCCCAUGUACAAAAUUAACUUCCUUAUACAUUUCUGUAGGUUUUUUGUUUUUUGUUUUUUUUUUCUUGCUGUAAAAAUGCAAAAUGUUUUAUCAUUUGUGUCUUGGCAUACUGUCUUGGACAGAUUAAAGGGCCUAAACAGA